UAUUUUAAUUAAAUCGUUUUGUGCUUGUGAUGUGUAUUUGUUUUUAUAUAAUUUUAUAAAUUGAACCAUUUAUUGGUGAAUAAGGAAGUGACAGAAUGUUUCAAUACGAAUACGAGAAGCGUCCACCGUCGUCCACCUCGUGUGACAGUCGGGCAACUAUGACACCAUCAUGGGGGGCUUAUACUGUGGGUACUACGGCCCCCAUCAAUGAUCGUGCGCGUAGACCCCUCCCGCCGAGACCGGUGUGUGACAGAAUACCAACAAAAACUAGUGUACCACUAAAGGUUUGGAUAAUCGCAAGCGCAUCCUGUUUCGCAGUUUGUGCUGCGCUCGUACUCGCAACUGUUGUUAUAACUAAAUGGGGAGCGACAGAGACGUAUAACACACAAGAGGUCUUCGAAGCACCGGAACCUGUGUAUUCAAAUCCACGUUCGGAUCCAAGAAAAACUACAAUAAAAACAACAACAGAAGAAAUACAAACCACAACUGAACUAGAUAAUGAAAUCCAAGAACCAAUAAUACAAAAACUAUCAAUAUUUAAAAAUAUAGUAUCUAAUAGAGAGAACAAAAAAGCAAUAAGUCUCGUAUCAAAACCACAACUACAUCCUAUUCACGACACAUCAUUACAUCAUGCGGAAAAGAAAAUAGAAAAGAAAGAUCAAGCGAAAUAUCCACAACAGAAACUACCGGAAUUCAAAUCGAAACUACCGGAAAUUAUAGACAAUAGACAACCUUUGGUAGGAUAUAGAAGAUAUGAGACAGAUUACGAAGAAUAUUAUAACGAUGAUAAUUUAUAUGCAGAUUAUAUGGAAAGUAAUACGAUGACUAGUUAUUUAAUUGAAAAAGUACAAGAACUUCACGAUUGGAUAACAUCUGAUCCAGAUUUUGAUGUGGCUAAUAAUAAAAAAAGAGACUCUAAUAAUCAAUUCGGACAAGUUUUGAAAGCUUUAAACGAUAGUAUUGUAGAAGGGAAUAUAUCUAAAGUUAUGAAUAAAUUAAAAGAGAUAUAUUUAAGUGAUAAUAAUACUCAAGUUAAUACGAGGAAAGUUAUUUUAAGUAAUAGCACAGAUCUGUUAUCGUUUGGUAUUUUGACAUUAGAUGUGAUGUUGUUACAUAAUAUACAAUUAAUGGCCUGGGAAAAUCAGGAAGCUGCAAGAGUAAAAAUGUUAAAAGACCCCGAAGUGUUUGCAUUCAACGCUUUAUUCUUAGAACCAGGGAAAAUAGAAGCCAAGAAAAGUGAAAUAUACCAUCAGGAAAUGAUAGCAAAACGUCAAAAUCGUCCAGAAACAGCAGAAGAAUUUGACUUCGGCAAGAAUCUUCUAGAUAACGUCUUAGAAAUCGGCUUGAGUACAGCGCGCGCUGCCAUACACCUCGGCAGGGCUUAUAAGAAUACCAAGCAAGUUCUAACACAGUUAUCGAAUAAAGAGAACAUAAAUACCAACAUACAGAAUCAACUCUCCCGCAAUAUAGAUGGCAACACUCAAGCUCUCAAUCAUCUGCAAACAUCUUUCAACAAGAAUGACAGCUCCAGUGAUACCAGCAACAACACUCAAGUUUAUACCGAUUUGGAUUGCGUUUGGUAUUUGUAUUGCAAGAAUUUGAUUGCGACUUCUAAAUUGAAUGCUCCGUAUGGUACUAUGGCUAGAAUUAAUGGUCUAGCUCUCCGUAUGCUGACAGGAGAACUGUCCACAGAUCGAGCAUUUGACACAAUGCUUUACGAAGCUCUGACUGGAUGGACUGAACUCAAAUGUCAAGAUAUGUUCCCAAGAUGUAGUAAAGUGAACGCAGCAUCUGUAGUCAUGGACACUAUCGUGCAGUCAACUAAAAAGAUGCUUGCAAAUAAAACGUUGAAAUAAAUUCUACUAAAAUUGUAGAAUAUUUUUUAAAUAGCAACUUUAUUAUUUAUGACCAGUGACUGUUACAAGUGUUGUCAUGUUUAAUGUUUUUAGAAUUAAAUAAAAUGCAUAA